CUCGCUGUAUUGGCCGCCAGCUGCUCAAAAAGCCAAUUGAGUGGAAGUGCGUUGAGCGCGGCUUAAAUACGUUUUCAGUUACCCAAAAAGCGUCAGUUUCGCUCAAAGCGUCUCCACGUUCACAACGUUCGUCGUCGUCGUCGGCUGGGCAGAAAGAAGAAAUAGUCAAGAGAAAAAGCAAAUUUAAUAUAUUUAACCUGGCCCAUUGCAACGCCGCGUCGCACAAGUAAACCAUAUUUAUAUAAGUUUUUGGCGAAGUUGUGAAAUCAAAGUGUUUUAGCCAAAACCAAAAACCAAAAGCCAAAAGCCAAUCACUUUGAAACGGAUUUCUAAAAUGCUGGAAACUGAGGUGCUGCAACAACCCAAACUCGAUGGACCCACAUCCAAUGACAAGGACUUCGAUCCCUAUGUGUGCUCUCUGAGCGCCGAUUUGAAGGUGGUGGCCAAGGAGGAGCUGCACGAGGAUGAGAACAUACGGCGACAGGCGUUGGCCCAGUUUCGCGAGUGGAUUGCCAAGCAUCCGCACAUCAAGAAGUGCCGCACGGAUGCAAUUUUCCUGCUGCGCUUUCUGCGCACCAAGAAAUUCUCAGUGCCCGCAGCCUGCGAGAUGCUCGAGCGCUAUCUGACCAUUCGCCAGCUGUUCCCCCAAUGGUUCCAGAAACUGGACAUCAAUGAUCCGGCCAUUAAUGAGAUAUUCGAGGCUGGCUAUCUGGUGCCGCUGCCGCAGCGUGAUUCGAUGGGGCGUCAAGUGAUCUUCUCGGUGGCCGCCAAGUUUGAUCCCUACAAGUUCACAUCGGUGCAGAUGGCGCGCGUGCAUAGCCUGAUCUGUGAAUCGCUGCUGGACGAAGAGGACUCUCAGGUGUCGGGCUAUGUCUAUGUGAACGACGAGAGCGGCAUGAACAUGGGCUUCGUUAGCCUCUGGUCGCUCACCGAUCUGCGCAGCAUCAUGAAGUGCAUCCAGAACUCGACGCCCAUGCGCCACAAAGAGACCCAUUUCGUGAAUAUACCCCACUAUGCCAAUCGCAUCAUUGAGCUGGGCGUGUCCAUGCUCAGCGAUAAGCUGAAGAAGCGCAUCAUUGUGCACAAGAACGUGGAGGCGCUGAAGACGAAAAUGGAUCCCGCUAUUUUGCCGAAGGAAUACGGCGGCACCGUGCCCAUCGCCGAGAUGAUACGCGAGUUCAAGGCGAAGCUGCUGCAGCGUCGUGCGGCGAUUCUCGCCCUGGACGACAUGCAGAUCGAGAUCACCAAGGAGGCGGCCAACUUUGCGGGCAACGACGUGGGCGACAUUGAUGCCGGCGUCGUGGGUAGCUUUAGGAAACUGGAGGUGGACUAGUUGUAAUAUCCAGUUGGGCUUUAGAUUAAGCUAGGCUAGGUCAGAAUACCAUUGAGACAUUUGACAACCCACACACACACACACACACACGAAAGGCAAUCAAAAUUGUUUCGCCUUAAGGCAGCAUAAACCCUAAAUUAUAAAAAUACAAUUAUUUACGGCAGUGACUGCAGCAUCAAAUUGGGCACAGAUACAGGUACCGGAAACUGAGCUUGUAGUCAAAAAGUUGUUGCUAGUUACACACACUCACACACACACAUGUUUUCCAUUCAUGCACACCUCUAGUGUGUGCAUGUCUGCUAUUUAAAUAUAUAUACCUUGUUCAAAUGA